GUCAACUUCCGGUCUUCUUAUGGAGGGAAAUUCGAGGAUGGUGCUUUGCUAUUUUAGUUAACAAGCGAAUCAUCAAUGGGAAAAGUUUGAAAAACAUGUCAGACAGGAGAUCUGGAAGAUCUUCUAAAAAGGUCAACUAUGCUGCUUUUAGCACAGGAGAUGAUGAUGAUUUUGAUGAAGACUUCAAAGAUGUCACCCCACCUCCAGCCAAGAAAGCCAAAACAUCUAAGGUGAAAACAUCAAACAAAGAAAAUAAUUUGAAGAAACAGGCAAUAAAAAACAAUGAGGAGUCCAGUAAGAGGAAACCUCCUGCUGAUCGGUACUUUGAUAGGGAGCUACAGCUGGCCCUUGAAAUGUCCAUACAUGAAUCCCAAGAGUCAACAGAAGGGAAGGAUACACCCCCUCCACUCUCCAAUGAAGCUACUGAGCCUUUCAGUAUAACAGCAAGUGUUGAGGCUAUGGAGGGACUAAACAAACUCACUGUAGAGGCCACACCCCCUGUCCUACAGCCAAUCACAGAAGAUCUACCAAAUCCUGAGGUGGUAGUUUUGGAUGAAGAGGAACCUAAAAAAGUGUCUACAGCUAAAUCAUCGGUGGGCAAUGGCAAGGUGUUUGAUGACAACAUUGAAGUGAUAGGCUCCGUGUCUGAAGACGAACCCAAGACAAGACGUAGGGCCACAACCAAAAAACCUGUGGUCGACAGCGAUAGUGAAAGUACAUUUGACCCAGAUGAAGCUAAUGAUGUGAGUGAAGAAAGUGAUGAUGAUUAUGAGGAGGACAAUGAUAGUGAUUUUGAAGGAUUCAGUAAAAAGAAAACAGCAAAAGGAAAGAAACAGAAAACGACUAAGAAACAAGCAACACCGAAAUCAAAAUCUACAACUAAAUCAAAGACCAAAACAGCCCCUAAAUCUGUUGCCCCCAGAAGUAAAGUGACGGCUGUGAGGAAGUCUGUUUCUCCAUCAGUUGGUCAGACCAUGUCCAGUCCAGUUGGCCGGAGUUUGGUGAGAAGUACUCCCAAGUGGACGCCUCCUGGCAGUGCAAGCAAUGGAAAAUCAUCACUAGGUGGCGCUGGUAUCAGAUCUCCAGGUUCUUCACUAGGUGGCGCUGGUACAAAGUCUCCAAGUGUCUCUCUAGGCGUGGGAAGGAUAAAAUCACCGUCAACCUCACUAGGUGGCGUUAAUAUCAAAUCUCCACUAUCGGGAUUACGACUAGGACUCUCGCGGCAUCAGAGUGUAAAACCUCUUCAUUCAGGGUUCAAAGUUCAACACUGACAUAGAAGCUGUACUCCAUUGUACAGUCGUAUGGAAGCCACUUUGUCAUGGAUAGUACUUAUUCUGUAAAUUUUUAUCUUUUAUGUAAGUGUAUACAUACACUCAUGUAUAAACAUAAGGUUUUAAUUAGUAUCACAGAUAAGCCCGACUGUUUUGAUGUGGUCCACACAUAUUUUAAAGGGACUCUUUAUGUGAGUACAUUUAUUAAAAAUAACUUUGUCAGUGCACAUGACCUUCCAAUCAUAAUUCAACAUCCGUGUCCAAGGAUUCUGAUAAAUCCCAGAACAGAUUUAGAUAUCAGCUCUAUAGUAUAGUAAAAUCAAGUCUGGUAGUCAUCAGCUAAUAUCAAAGUGCCCUAGGUCACACUUGAUUUCUUCUGGGGAAAAAAUUCAGGUUGUUUCACACAUACACUAUUUACUGGUGAGGGGUAUGGAGGAAUAUCUACAUAUGUGUAUGUGAUGCGAUUUAUUUUGAGCUCCUGCAUCGCACCAUGAAGGAAUUCUCCAAGGAAAACUGUUGUUUCUUUAAGCUGUACUCCAAACUGGAAAACUGAUAUCCCUGAAAAUGACUAUAUUGCACAUCAAAUACAUCUUUGAUUCAUGACAGUGAAUCUGUUUUGUAAAUAAUAGAAAAGUGUCACCAACCUGAUACUUUUUAUUCAUACAUUAUGAUGCUGUUUUAAUGUCACUGACAGUGUCAUAUACACUAUACAAGGAGUUGUUUUACAUAUGCAAGCAUUUUGUUUUAUUUAUUAUGAAUUGAUUAUGUGUUGUGUAAAUAAAUAUCAAAACUAUGAAACUA